UCGAUUGAAUAAACGGUUCCUCGGCAACGAGAAAAAAAAACAACUAGAACCAUCGGCACCAGCUCUGAGAGAAGCAAGAGACCCUAAACUGGAUCUUCUCAGCAAUUUAUGGUACAGUAGGCAGUUCCUUCCAAGGAGAUGUCGAUCCCAUUCUCCAACACCCACUACCGAAUUCCACAAGGAUUUGGGAACCUUCUGGAAGGGCUGACGCGCGAGAUUCUGAGGGAGCAACCGAACAAUAUACCAUCUUUCGCAGCAGCAUAUUUUGAGAAUCUUCUAGAGAAAAGAGAGAAAACCAACUUUGAUCCAGCAGAAUGGGGGGCUAAGGUAGACGACCUCUUCUACAACAAGCAUGCAUUCAAGGAGCAAGAGCCACCUGAGAAAGAAAAGACUCAGCCACCUGAGAAAGAAAAGUCUCAGCCACCUGAGAAAGAAAAGUCUCAGCCACCUGAGAAAGAAAAGUCUCAGCCACCUGUGACAGAGGAGGCACCAGUCACAGUCAUGGAAGUUUCUGAAGAAGAUAAGGAAAAAGAGGAGAACGCUGCUGUCAAAAUCCAAGCAGUUUUCCGGGGCCACUUAGCCAGGGAAGAGGUGAAGAAAAUGAAAGAUGGUGAUGUUCAAGAAGAGAAGAAACAGGAAGACAACUGAGGAGACUGGUUUUGCCCUCAAAAAAAGCAUGAAAAAAAGAAUCCAAAUCCAUCCACCUUGUUGCGAUUGUCGUUUUUUUUUCCUUAGUAAGGGAGAUUCGAUGUAGUGAAGUAACAUUUGUUGCUGUUGUGAAAAUCUGUCGUGAGCGUUUGUUUAAUAAACAUGCCAUUGAACACA